ACGUUGAUCUUUUGGGUAUGUGGUUUUGGUUACGUCGAUAUAUCUAAAAUGGCGCGUUCGAAGUCUCUCCCAUACGAGUUAAGUAACGAAGGAAAUAUUCCAUUGCUUCACGAGCUUGCACAGAAAAAAGAUUCAUUUAUAGAAAAGGUCACCCAAACUAUGCAUGUUGGUUUGCUGCCUGGUGCCUUAGGGAAAUUAAAGACGGGAAUUUAUGAUGCCCUGAACAAUAAGCUUCGUCAGUACAGCCCACAACUGGAUGGAAUCCUGGUUGGCUAUGAUAAUGUUGCUCUGCUGGGCAAUGGUGGUCACAUGAUACCAGGCUACUUUCACAUCCAUGUUAAUGUCAAGGCUGAUUUCUAUGUGUUUAACCCCCAGGUAGGGGGAGUUCUGACAGGAACGGUCCUGACGAAGUCCGGCGUCACUGCCACGUGUCUGACGAACAAGGUGUUCACCGUGUUCGUGAGGUUUCCGCCACAUCUCAGGAACAGCGUCCAGCUGCACCAGGAUAUCUCCUUCACCAUUGAGAAGGUCGACCUUCUCAGUCAGAUCCCGUGUGUGACGGGCGUCUUGAACGCAGACAGUGUAUCGUUGGAGGCCAGCACAGCGUCGUCCGAGUCCCACAUGCGGUUCGACGAGGACGCGCCACCGCGGGCCGAGCCCGACUCGGGCCUCUCGUCCAUCGACGAUGACGUACCGGCCGCUGUGAGCCCCUCCUCGCCCACCCCGCCCGACACGUCCCGGCGCCGCCGGAAGCGGUCACGAGCGGAGGUGGACGCGCCGCCGCCGCCCGGCGCUGAUGUCACGCCGCGCAAGAGGAAACGACGCUCGGAAGCCGACGCGAACGACACGCUGUGCCGGGACGCGGACCGGUCGCGGCGGGAGCGGUACGCCGACACCGACUCCAGCCCGCGCAAGAAGCGGAUCAAACGCGAGCCGGACGCUGAGGCGGAGCUGUAUCUGCCAGAUCCGGCCCCGAGGGGCGGUGGCAGGCGCGGUGGGCCGAGGGAGGGCAGGGACCGGAGCCGACGGACCAUGUGAUGGCCAGGCUGCUGUGUUACAGGCGCGGUCGACAAGUCGGCUGUGUGCGCGCGCUGACGCGGACUCGCGGCGCGGUGCGUUGGUGCGGCGGAUGGAAUCGGGGCACGGGAUGGGUACGCGCUCUCCGAGAUAGUACUCCGCGGCGGUUGUUGUCACAGUAGUCACGGACAUUGUUGCCAUGUUGAGGGUAUUUGUUUUUUAGACACAAGCGCUGCAUGCUGCCGUUGAACGUUUGUCACUUCUGGACCCGUGCCGGUGCGUUGCGCCUUUGGGCAGCUCACACACCCUCAGCCGUUUCGUCACAUGUGCUCACUAUGUGGACCGAUUCUGAAGACAACACGGAGUACCAUGCGCCA